AUGCCGUCGGUCAUCUUCCUCGACCUCGAUGGGGUGCUCAAUCGCACGCGGGAUGCGCCUCACCUGCGGCUCGACGACGACCUCGUGGCGCGGCUCCGCUCGCUGGUGCGUGACACAGGUGCCGCCAUCGUCCUCUCGACGUUUUGGCGAGCAUUCGAGGAGUACGUGUCAUACGUCCUUUCGCGUCACGGCAUCCCGCACGGCACCGUCAUUGGCCGCACACCGGGCCGCAACUCGUCCUUUGACUUUGUGACGGCCACCGCCAGCGAGCCCGCGUUUCGCUCUCGGGCGGAGGAGAUCACCGUCUGGCUAGCGACGCAUCCGGAGGUGGCCAGCUUCGUCAUCCUCGAUGACAGGCCUUCGGCGGCGAACGGCGACGGCACCGUGGGUGAGCCGCUCGCAAGCCGCUUCGUCCAGACCGAGACUAGCGUCGGGCUGUCGGAUGCAAACGUGGCGCGUUGUCGCGAGGCGCUGGCCAGCAAGGUUUCUGACGCGGAGAAGUCGGUGUUUCUUCAAGCUGCUGGUCUGGCUCCUCCCAAGAGCCACGACCCUCGAGGCCUUGUCGACACCGCGCCGGGCAGCGUGAACGAGGAGGCCCAAGCCCUAUCGCGGGAGCUGUCGGCAGGCAAGCUCACAGCGCUCACAGACCUCAACCUCAAAAAGGCGGGCCUCGCAGCGCUCCCGCCGCAGAUCGGAGAGCUUGCGUCGCUCACGAAACUCGACAUCUCGCUCAAUACCCUCUCGACGCUGCCCGCGGAGACCAGCGGUCUCUCGUCGCUCCGAAUCCUUUUUAGCCUCGGCAACGAGUUCGAGUCGAUCCCGUCCGUGCUCCGCAGCCUCCCGCGGCUGUACAUGCUCUCCUUCAAGUCCAACCGGCUGACGCACAUCCCCGAGGACGCGCUGGCGCCAACCAUCGAGUGGCUCAUCCUGACGGACAACUUGCUCGAGGAACUGCCGGCCUCGAUCGGCUGCCUCAAGACCCUCCGCAAGUGCAUGCUCACCAACAACCGGCUGCUCGCGCUGCCCGACUCGCUGCUGCAGUGCCGCGAGCUCGAGCUCAUCCGCCUCGCGGACAACCGGCUGAGCGACCUGCCACGCGGCUUCUGGCAGCUGCCUAAGCUCGCGUGGGCGGGCCUCGCCGGCAACCCGCUCGUUGCGCGCGCCGCGCCGCUGCCGCCGCCCCGCUGGGUGGCGCCGGCGGAGCUCGAGGUGGGGGAGCAGAUCGGCGCGGGCGGAGGCGGCUUCGUGCACCGGGCGGUGUGGAGCGCGCAGCCCGACGAGCCGGUCGCCCUCAAGCUCUUUCGCGACGCGGGCACCGUCACCGACGGCGACCCCGCGCACGAGAUCGACGUGGGCUCGGCGCUGACGCAUCCCAACGUCAUCCGCGUCCUUGGGGCGACGCCGCGGCCGCAGCUCGGGCUGGUGCUCGAACUGCUGCAGCUGAACAAGGCGUCGGCCGGCGGCGGCUGGGGCGAGCUGGGCAAGCCGCCCAACUUUGACACGUGCGCCCGCGACACGUACCCGGCGGGCACGACGUUUGGCGCGCCGUUUGUGCUCCGCGCGCUAAGCGGCGUCGCUGCCGCGUGCGCACACCUGCACGCGCAGCAGCUCUCGCACGGCGACCUGUACGCACACAACACGUUGGUGCGGCACGACGGCGAGCCAAAGGUGGGCGACUUUGGUGCCGCAUACAACUAUGCGCCGCUCGGCGCCGAGGCCGCGCCGCUGGUGGAGCGCGUCGAGGUGCGCGCCUUCGGCUGCCUUGCCGAGGAGCUGGCGACGCGCCUGGCGCCCGCCGCCGGGGACGAGAGCGAGGCGGCGCUACAGCGCAACCUUCUCGGGCUCGCGCGCGAAGCGUGGAUGGGUGCGGCCGUGGGCGCGCGGCCCAGCUUCGCCGAGGCGUGCCAGCAGAUCGAGGCGCUCGCACGUGCAUAUUUCGAGGCUCCUCCCCCUUUUCCGUGGUGA